AUAGAGUGUGUGAUGUCAGAGGGCUGGGCAGGGCCAGAAGGUUCAGACAGCUGUCUGCUAAACAAGGAUUACAGAGCAAGGGAUCUCUCCCUCUCUCUAAUUCUCUCCCUCCAUGGUGGGGAAAUGACAGUCAUGUUGAUGGAAGAUAUCUCAUUUCUGGACAGAGAGAGGUAAGGAUAUUGUCUAUUUCAAACUGAUUUGUUGUGUAUUUGAUUGUUGUGUAACUGCUGGACAAUUUGUUGGGACAGGGCUUGGAGAGCAGUAAUCCGUCCUGCUCUUGGAAGAGUAAAGCCUAUUCUGGUUUGUACUAGCCAGUUGACCAACAUGGUCCAGGCAGGGCUGCAGUUAACUAUGUGCUUGGUCUAUUCAGAGUAUAUUUGGGCUAUUCUAAAGAAAAUAAAAAUAGGUGUGAAUUUAAGUGUUUAACCUAUUCAAUUAGGUGCCCUGAUGACCACUAUCAUUCAGUUGUGUAUUGGUUUAAGAGGCCAGGUCAGAAAGGCUACAAAGUAAAACGUGUUUUGGUUAUGUAAUUUAGAUGUUCACAGGAGCCCCUAGCACAUUCUUCCACAUUGAAUGGAGGGCAGGCAUACCCAAAUUGUUGAUGGAGUCCUACAACUAUAGAGCUUACUAGCAACGCAUUCCAGAGAGCAGCACUCACGCGUUGCAAUAUAGGAACGUGGUGAUUAACAGUUACUCACAGCUGCUGAGAAAGGCAUGCAUUGUUGAUCUCACUUCUUUAAAUACUAUGGGCGUUGUCUGAUAUCAACCAGGGGUUUGACACUUUGUACGCGUACACCAAAACGUUGAACAAUACCGCACAAGUGUUUGUGUGCGUCGACGCUGGUGCGUGAAUAUUAAGGUCUCCCUUAUUUGACGAACGUGUCCAGAAUAUCCGUUUCAAUGUUGUCUCGUAAGUAAUUUCAUAUCGUUGUAGUUUGUAUCACUUUUAAACGACAAGUAGUGUAAAAGUACUUGGCAGUGACAUUCAAACAUUUAAUUUCGAACCAGUGUGCCAAAUGCGCACACAGUCAAAAUCCAGUAAUGGUCAGGUGGUCAAGUCUGGUGACAAUUUCAAAUUAAAACAAUUUAAAUGUAUUUACUCUUGCUGAGUAAGUCUUGUAGGAUAUGUCCAUGUUUUUGUCUGAGAAAAGGUGAACAUUGUAUAAUUCACUUCAGAUACAAAGUGUAUGAACAGGAGGUGCAUUAUGUCAAGCACUUGGAUGUGUGAGUAGCCCCAGCUUUGUGGAUGAAUGUUUUUUGUUUUUUUCAGAGACCAUGAGGGGAUGGGAAGGGUUUAUUGGGUUAUGCCCAGAGGGGUUCCUCUCUCUCAGGCAUUUAAAUGUCAUCUCCAAAGUACUUGUAGAGCAGGAACAGGACAUUUCACACAGGUACUCAGAGGUCGGGGCCAGGCAAGACUUAGUCUGUGAUACACUGUAUAUACAAAGGUAUGUGGACACCCCCUUCAAAUUAGUAGAUUCAGGUGUAUAAAAUCGAGCACACAGCCAUGCAAUCUCCAUAGACAAACAUUGGCAGUAGAAUGGCCUUACUGAAGAGCUCAGUGACUUUCAACGUGGCACCGUCAUGGGAUGCCACCUUUCCAACAAGUCAGUUCGUCAAAUUUCUGCCUUGCUAGAGCUGCCCUAGUCAACUGUAAGUGCUGUUAUUGUGAAGUGGAAACAUCUAGGAGCAACAACGGCUCAGCCACAAAGUGGUAGGCCACACAAGCUCACAGAAUGGGAUUGCCAAGUGCUGAAGCACCUAGUGCGUAAAAAUUGUCUGUCCUCGGUUGCAACACUCACCAUCGAGUUCCAAACUGCCUCUGGAAGCAACGUCAGCACAAGAACUGUUCAUCAGGAGCUUCAUGAAAUAGGUUUCCAUGGCCGAGCAGCCGCACACAUGCCUAAGAUCACCAUGCUCAAUGCCAAGCGUUGGUUGGAGUGGUGUAAAGCGUUACCCGCCAUUGGACUCUGGAGCAGUGGAAACGCCUUCUCUGGAGUGAUGAAUCACAUUUCACCAUCUGGCAGUCCGAAAGACGGAUCUGGGUUUGGCGGAUGCCAGGAGAACGCUACCUACCCCAAUGCAUAGUGCCAACUGUAAUGUUUGGUGGAGUAGGAAUAUUGGUGUGGGGCUGUUUUUCAUGGUUCGGACUAGGCCCCUUAGUUCCAGUGAAGGGAAAUCUUAAUGCUACAGCAUACAAUAACAUUCUAGAAGAUUCUGUGCUUCCAACUUUGUGGCAACAGUUUGGGGAAGGCCCUUUCCUGUUUCAGCAUGACAAUGACCCCAUGCACAUAGCGAGGUCCAUACAGAAAUGGUUUGUCGAGAUCAGUGUGGAAGAACUUGACUGGCCUGCACAGAGCCCUGACCUCAACCCCAUCGAACACCUUUGGGAUGAAUUGGAACGCUGACUGCGAGCCAGGCCUAAUCGCCCAACAUCAGUGCCCAACCUCACUAAUGCUCUUGUGGCUGAAUGGAAGCUAGUCCUCUCAGCAAUGUUCCAACAUCUAGUGGAAUGCCUUCCCAGAAGAGUGGAGGCUGUUAUAGCAGCAAAGGGGGGACCAACUCCAUAUUAAUGCCCAUGAUUUUAGAAUGAGAUGUUUGACGAGCAGGUGUCCACAUCCUUUUGAUCAUGUAGUGUAAGUCAUCUACCACAGUCACACUUUUAGUUGACUGUGACAUCAGCUUCUCACAGGAUGUCAUCUCCUCUCCUCAUGUUGAAAUUGUCCCUUCUCUGUUAGGAGAUUCACCUGAGAUUCAGUCAAGUCUCAGACUCUGGUCGCAUCUAGACCCCUGGGGAGGCUCCAUGGAGGAGAAGGAGGAGAACCCGCUGGAGAGGGAGCAUACUCUAGCAGUGGUUCUACCAGGAGGCCUGGAGAAAACAGCCACGGUACAUGGGAGGUAAGAGGCAUACAGACAGGAUAAUUUUUCAUUUUCAUCUAAAUCAGAUGAAUUCUAUAGAACUAGACCUCUCAAUUCUGUCCAUUUGCUCUUCAGUGGAGCCAUAUGAAGUCAUACUGUGUAUUUGGAAUGGAUUGACUGAGUACGAAAAAAGUAUGAAAAUGUAUGCACUCUCGAUAAGAGCGUCUGCUAAAUGACAAACAUCACUAAAAUGAAUUUUAAACCAUGAAUAUAACUCUAUACUGUAUACACAUGUAGUACACAAGCGCUGUGAUUGUAUCUCUACAGUAAACCUGUGAUGGACCUACUGGUCACACUCUGUGCCCAGUACCACCUGAAUCCAUCUGACUUCACCAUAGAACUCCAGUCAGCCAAUAGAAACAACAUCUCCUUCAAACCCAGCUCUCUCAUUGGAGCCAUGGAGGCUCACAGGAUCCUACUGAAACCUAAAGGGGGAGAGGAGAAGAUAAGGAGGCCAUACGUGCCAGAGGUAUAUACUGACAAAAUGCAUCUAGACACACAAACACACACACACUAACCAAUCUCCAUCCUAGGUCAGUUUAUGUACUGAAGGGAUGCUGUUUCCUAUAGGCCACUGUACGUCUGCUGAUCAACUACAAGAAGAACCAUAAGGCCGUUGUGAGGGUCAACCCUAGAGUCCCGCUGGAGCAGCUCGUGCCUGCGGUGUGUGAGAAGUGUGAGUUUGACCUGGAGUCCACCAUCUUACUGAGAGACAACAGCUCUGAAGAACCUUUAGACCUGACCAGGUCCCUCAAUGACUAUGGAUUGAGGGAACUGUACGCAAAGGACACGGCAGGUGAGAGAUGUUUUUAUGUUACUCUGCUUUUGAGUUUUGGUGGCACUGGUAGUAAUGACAUAGUUGUUUCAUACCCAAACUUUUGGAGACAUUUGGCUGUUUCUACAGAAUAUUAUUUACCCACUGAGUUCAUAGUGUAUGUAUACUGUAAAUAUGAAAAUGCUAACAUGGAUGUUCUAUCUAUGUUUUUCUAAUCUUGAACAGCUGUCAGUCCUGCUGUCAGUCCUGAAGUGGUUAUCACAUUACCUCUCCCCGAAGGUACAAAACUUUACGAAAAUGUCUGAAAAUGUCCAAUUUAAACAAUUAACACAUUGAAUUAGAAUACAAGUGUUGUAUGUUCUGCUGUUGCUAUUUCUUUCUCCUAGAAGCACCUGUUGGAAAUACACCAUGUAAAGAGAAGAACCGGAAUGAAAAAGAGAACAGGGGAUUGUUCGGCUUAUUCAGGAGAAUUAAGAAGAAACCGGAAAAGGUACUUUUAUUUUACAUUUAUGUCAUUUAGCAGACGCGCUUAUCCAGAGCGACUUACAGGAGCAAUUAGGGUUAAGUGCCUUGCUCAAGGGCACAUCGACAGAUUUUUCACCUAGUCGACUCAGGGAUUAGAACCAGCAACCUUUCGGUUACUGGCACAACGCUCUUAACCACUAAGCUACCUGCCGCCCCUCUCCCAGAGCUUAGCUUUACCAUUGAACGUAGGCAUUGUGUAAGAAAUUGAUUUUUGACUUUGACUAGAUCUGUGAAUGCAGUUGUUUUUUCUCAGCUGUGCUAGAUUUGAGUGUGUGGUAGGAUUUCAGUGUACACUUUGUGAUAUGUGUUUUUGCUGUGGUCUUCUUCUAAAGGGUCUCUCAGUGAGUGCCCCGGCCUCGCGUGGUCUGAAAAACCAGCAGGUGGCCAGCGUCAGCAUGAACACCCUGGUUGUCCACUCCUCCAACACCCUGCCCAUGGACAACGCCAAGAAAAGACGGGCACCAAUGCCUCCCAUGGCAGGCUCCCAAAGCGUCCCAGCCAACCUCAACGUCCAGCCGGUGAUCGGCUGGUGGUUUAGGGAUUAGGAUUUAGGGCUGUGUCUCGAUACUCUUUCAUGGCUUCCUUUGCUUGUCUGCUUUGUUAUUACCACUAAUAGAGUACCACAGAAUGAGUCAUAAUACUCAUAAAACCUAGCGGUCAAACAAGGAAAUGGUUCCAAUCGUUUUUCCACCAUUAAUUUUUCCCAUAGGGGAUUUUAGAAACACUUAAAAUUAGGGCUGUGUUUCGUGUAGGCUUACUCUGGCGUGACGUUUUGAUAACCGUGUAAAUUUCUCUAGGACAAGGGGACUUUUGUAAAUAUAUUUGCCUGUAUUUACCCCCCAAAAAUGAAAUGCUGAUUAGCUGCUAAUGUGGCUAUCAUAAAUAACUACAAAUGCCAUGAUGAUCUGGACGAUACUGCCGAAUCGAGGCAAAAGUAAGAAUCUCUGGAUUAACUAUCCAGUGUUAGCUAAAUGUAGUAAUAAAUAAAUUGGCUUUACAUUUCUUUAAAUUGUCAAUUUUGUGAACUGUCUUGUGCAAGUGUUAAAUGUACACUACCUGUUAGCAAAGAUGUCAGCUAGAGAUGACAUGCAGGAGCUUGCAGGGAUUUGUAGUCUUACAUGAUGUCUGCUAAUUAGCAUUUUCAAAUCUGAGAGUAAAUAGAGCCGAUUUAUAUUGAUAAAAGUCACCUUGUCCGAGAGAGAUUUACAUGGUUAUCAAAACAUCACGCCAGAGUAAGCCUACACUAAACACAACCCUUAUUUUAAGUGUUUCUAAAAUCCCCUAUUGGAAAAAUGAAUGGUGGAAAAACGAUUGGAACAAUUUCCCUGUUUGACCGCUAAGUUUUAUGAGUAUUAUGACACCUCCACUGUGGGGCUCUAUAGGUGAAAGGACAGGGGAGACUUCCACCAUAUUGAUUUCACCUGAUUAUGCUCUGCAAGUUUAGUGGUUGGAGAGAAAAGGAAGCAUGUCAAUACUAUUGAGACUCAGCGGUAGAUAUUAGACUUUAGAUCGUGGUUCCAAAUCAUUGUUCCCUGACCAGUGAGAAUGUAUGGGGGAUUUAGAGGAUCCUGUGUUAAAGCUGUGUUUUGUUUCUGGUGUUUUCCAGUUGACCUCUAGGAAGAAGAGGAGAGCCCCCCCGCCACCCCCCUGUGCCCCCCCACUACCAUCCUCCUGUGUUAACACGCACAACAGACCACCCCAGGACCCUGAGAUCAAAGGUCAGUCAUUUUGAAUCACUAGUUGACUUGUAAUCUGAAUGGACUCUCAGUGCUGUAAUAUCGAGUUAGAUCAGGGAUGGGCAACUUUGAUGGGGGUGGGGGCCACAAAAAAACAGAACUCAUGAGGGGCCGCAGGGGCUCGUGGGUCUGCGUACCCACAUCAUACAUGCCCCCACCCCCAACUUGCGAGUAAAACAUUUUAGUGGCCCCACAUGUUACAGCGAAGAGAAACACUUUACGUUUUAAAGUUCAUUUCCUGCAAUUCUGCACAUUUUGCCGUAGGAUGGAGGCAAAUGUUUGCAGGUUUUUAUAUGAUAACUAAUGAUCAAUGGGCCCCUCCCCGGUCGGUAAUUCGACCAUGCUUACUUCAAGUUUAGAUAGCUGGCCGCUAGACUAACUUACCAAUCUAAAAAAUACAAAUGCUGACAUGGGCUAAUUGAGUGACUGCUGAUGCACAACCAAAUUCCGAAAUUGCACCUUGUGUAUUCUAUGAUUCUAACUCUCAACAGUAAGUUGAGACCCCGACUGAGUUCCUUUUUUGAAAUAGGUCCGCGGACCUACAGUACAAAAGCGCCCCAUGGGCUGGCAGUUGCAAUCCCUGAGUUAGAGGGUGGGCUCAUGUAGAAUAAUGUACUGCAUAUGGUGUCUCAUCUGUCCUCUAGUGGUCAAUAUUUUUGUGGGCUCUUUCUGUUGACUCCUAUUCUCCUGUUUGACUGGUUGUCCUGCUUGGCUGUUGGUUCUCCUUGGCAGUCGUGUUUAUCUGUAGGCUGUUUAGAUCCAGACUGAGCUCCCAGUAGGCAGUACUCUUUAAUCCUGGUACCUGAGCAGGAUUGUAGACCACUGUUCUAAGCAGUUUCCCUUCUUUCUCCCCUGCAGACGGCGUGUGAGAGCUCUGUCCUCCUUUCCUCCUCUUCCUCUGUGCUGCUCCUCCUCCUCCUUCUGUUCCACACUCCUCCUGUCCCGUGGUGAACUGUUCUUCCUCCUCUCCUCCAUGUUGGUUUUUGGACUGUCAUGUUUGUCUUCUUUAUAAUCUCUUAUUUAAUUUUUUCUUUUUAAUUUGUUUAUUUUGUAAGCGUAUUGUGCUUUUACCGCCUGUGUAACCUUUGGUUUAGAUGGUAGGUUUCUCAGUACAGUAACACACUGCUUUAUUUCCUGCAAUAUCAUAACUGUGCCUUCUAAAGAUAUGCUUCCAAGAACACACACCUCACAGCGUAAAUGAAUGACUUACUUCACAAGUUCACCUUUGUAUGAAACCAUGAAGGGAUUUGGUUUUAUUGUCUCCAAAACGUAUUUUCUGUUUUGUUUUGUUUGUUUCUGCUCCCCAAUUGACAUGUUUUCUACCAUUCCCCUCUUUCUUUUCAAUCAUAGUUUAAACUACAUCUGUUAAGGAGGUAAUGUUUUCUAAGUCAGACAUAGCUUGAUAUUCCUUGUGCAAAUAAUAAUUUUGUCAUUAUUUUACAAAUGUAUUCAUUCGAUUUUAAUAAAGUGCUCUCUCACUUGUUUUGUCAGAAACUGGGCUGUGUGUGUCUGUACUGUCUAACAUGAGUUACAACCACCUAAGUACUAAUUUCAAUCACAAUCUAAUCUACAAUCAUCUUUGCACCCUUAUUUCCUAUAUUGCAAUCCUCAGUUACUCAAACCCCCUAACAUCCUAACAGUUUCUGUCUUUACAGGGAAUGGAGUGUCACUUUACACACUGGAGGAGGAGAUGGAAGAGUGUGAGGAGGACCUGGACUCCCCAUCCUCUUCCCCAAACAUCUCCAGCCCUUUGACUCAGCCUCGAGUGCCCCCCACUCCCCCUUCUACCCCCUCCACUACCUCUCGUCCCUCUAGCACCUUUCCACCCUCCAAUCCCUACCAUCCCUCUCCUCUCUGCCCCUCCCUCCAUAGGGGAGAUGUUAACCUCUUUCCAGCUUUGUCAAACCCGGGCCAAGCUCAAGCAUCCUUCGUUCCCAACCCCAAGACCCGUCAACUCCACCAAUGGAGGCUCACCUGGGUCCUUGACACAGUCUGGUGGAAGUCAGGAACUCCGUCCCCUCUCUUUGCUCCAACUGAAGACAAAGGCCUGUGGUGAGGCUUGGAGGAGUCCCGGUCUGAGGGAGGGGAUGACCACCUUUACCGUGGUGCCCCGAGGGCAGUCCCUGAGGGGGCAGAGGGACUUGGAGGUGGACCUGACCCUGUUGAAGACCCAGGCCUCAGACCCAGCCCAAACUAUUCAUGAACACUCCAAUGGUGUUGCUGAACCUGGGUUGGAGCUCCACCAGACAAUGAAGGAAACACCUGUAUCGCUGGAGAAGUCAGAGGUUGAGGGAUCCACCCCUAUUGCCUGAUAUGGAUUCUAAACUUUCUCCUCCAGGGUUUCCAGAAGGUUUUACUGACUGUGUCAUCAGUCCUCCAACCGUGUCUAAUCCUAGCGAGCUUUACCAGACCGCACCACAUUCACCAGUGGUAGACCCACAGGAGAGUCCAGAGAUAGAAGCCCAGGAGGAGUCUGCAUCACCCACAGAUAGUCUAGACUCAGAGGUAGCAGUCCAAGAGGAGUCGGAAUCACUCUCAGAGAUACCCAACCCAUAUGCAGCUGACCUGUUGGCCCACACCAAUGGAAGACCUGGAGAUGAGGUGACCUCAACUCCUGAACUACUAGAGAGCAGGGGAUCGUUCUGGAAGCCCAGCCCGGUGAUAGAGGAGGCAGAAGAGGACCGUUUCUGUUUCCCUCCUCCCCCUCCCCCUGUGUGCUAUGAUAAGGAGGUGGAGGAGACAGAGCCGACCCAGUUACGAGUGAGGCCUCCUGGGGGAAGAACUCUCCGCCCUCCCUCUUUUCCUCCACCUUCUCUUCCUACACUGAGUCGUACCUUCUGUGAACCAGCAGAGGGAGACAAUCAGACCAACGCCCCUUCUUCACCCAAACCGAACAUGAUUCAUUUGACUUCACCCAAACCAUACGUGCCUCCCACUGCAGCCAAAACCCUGGCCAGGAAAACCGCCAUCCCCUCCUGCUUUGCCCAGGCUGUGGCUCUAGCCGUCCGUAAGUCCCAGUCCUCCUGUCCCCGGAGGCCAGCACCAGACCUGCUUCCCCCCCGUUCGUCCCUCUCCGGCUCCUCACCCUCCUCUGCCUUACCGCUAACCAACGCGGUGAGUGAUGAUUUUGACCUGCACUGA